AUGAAGUUAAAGAUCAACAAGGCCUGCGAUCUCAGCUCCAUCUCGGUCCUUCCUCCACACACAAGGAGGCCAAAUGCUGUGCCAAAUGGACCACAAGCAUCGCAGCUUCGAUCUCAACCAUCAGAGCAGUCAUUUUCUCAGGGAUUCUCAUCUCAGCAUGGCAUGUUUUCUCAGCUCUCUCAGAACUCUCUUAGUGACGUUCUGACCAAUGAUCAGAGGUUUGGCUCUCAAGAACGAGAGAAUUCUGUGAAGAAGAUUGCCUGCUUACCACCAAUUAGUCAUGCACGUGAAGAGAGUCAAAUGCAAAUCUCAAGAUCUUCCACCAACUUCAUGCGCAAGUGGAGUUCUGCGUCUGGUUCAGAUCAUCGAUGUCAGACUAGUGAGGACUUUGAACACCGGAUUGGAAUGAUGGAAACUUCGUUGAAUAAGUUUGGAAUGAUCUUGGAUUCAGUACAGAGUGAUGUCAUGCAAGUAAACAAAGGAAUGAAGGAAGUAUCUAUGGAGAUGGAAGCGAUGCGGCAGAAGUUGACAGCUCAGGAUAACUCGUUGCAGUUAAUGAGUAAGGGGCAAGAAGAUUUCAAAGCUAGCCUUGAUGGGGGCAUCAAGUCUAUGUCUGAACAACUGAGCAAAAAUACCUAUCAAGACAAAUUACAGGAGAUGUUCUUGGUGCUUUCAGCCUUACCAGAAAAAAUAGAAAUCAUAGAAGCAUCUCUACUGAAAUCACAGACUAAGCUGCACGACUCCUUCAUCAAGGAAAUGCAGAAAAUGAUUUGCAGCCAGAAUCAGAAUACCUCCAUCCAAAAAUGUGAAAUAUCCUCUAUACUUUCACCUAAGGGUGUUGCUGCCUCUCGUGCUAUUCCACAAGGAAAGCCACAGCCUAUUAAAAGUGUUUGGCUCUCGGAGAGAUUUAAAAAGCCUUCUCUUGAUUCCAGCUCAGCUGUGCCUCCAAAGGCUUGUGUGCAAGCAGUUGUAGUUCCAAAGACAGAAACAGGGGGCUGGAAGACUGUUAAGGCAGAAAAAGCUACAUUUAGUGACAGCGGGUUCCGGAAAGUGCAAAAACCUAAUAGAUUUACUUCCAUCCGAAAGGAAAGAGAAUGCAGAGUUGUCAUUGAAUCAGAUGAGGAGAUUGAUGGAGCCUUUUCCUGCUUGCUUGACGAGAAAGAAACAGACGUAGACAUGGCUGAGGAGGUAAAGGAAGAGACACAACGGAUUUUGAGGAGGGCAAGGAGGCGAAAGAGAAAAUUAUGCAACACUAUAAUUAUUAAUUGAAGGUGUUUGAUGUCUCCCCAUGUGCUGGGGCCUGAGGACGUAACCCAUAAC